AUGAUGCUUGAUCCACUUGAUGCAUCCAAUAAUUAUUCAAUUACUGAAAAUAAUGUAGGAAAUCAACCAUGGCAAUUUUUUCAUGAUGUUAAUAAUUCAUUUUAUCCAGUAAAAUCACAUCAAAUGACACCAUCCCAUAAUAUUUCAUAUAAUCCUAAUGAAUAUAUUCAUGUUAAAGUUCCUGAUAUGAUUAAGAAUCAAUCACAAACUGUUAUGUUUGAUGAACAUUUACCAAAAAAAGGACAAUGCUCUCCUUCAUCUCGACAACAACAAAACAUAUUGGCUUUAACACCUUUAGCUAGUAUUCAAUCUGGGCAUGAAUCAUGUGUUACAACUAAUAAUAUGUCAGUAUCAACAAAACUUGUGCCCGUAUCAAAUCGAUCAUUCAUGCCUCGAUCAUUAAUAGCUGUACCUAAUAGAUCAUCAGUACAAACAACUGUACAAAAAGCUAUUUAUCUAACCAUAGAUUAUACAGCAACAUUAGCAAAACGUGGUCCAACAGUUCCUAAUGAAUGUCAUCGUAAAAAUGGUGAACAACAUCAUUCGGAUAGAUCUAAUUCGUCUAGAAAUAAUCAUCGAAUACGUUCUCAUAUAAAUCAUCAACAUAAACAUCAAAAUUCAACUGAUUCAUUUAGUUCUAAUAUUAAUAUUAUCACAUCGAAUAAAUCAUUCAAUUCUUUAUCAGCAAAAUCAUUUGUUUCACAACAUACAAUACCAAAAUCUAUAACAACAAAUAAAACGAAUUAUCGACAACAAUCAUUAGUUAAAAAUCACAUAAAACACCCGAAAAGUCGAGAAAAUCAUCAACGACAUGUUUUACCUCUUCCAAAUGGAUUAUCUUUAUCUAUCGAAUCUUCAAUACAACAAAUAGAUAAUAAACAUUUUUCAUUUCAAAAUAAUCAUCGACAUCAGACAAAAUCUAUCAUAAUACCAGCAAUAACUACUACAGCAGAUGCUUCUCGAGUACAAGUAUAA